GGUUGUAGUGACGCUGUUAUCCAAUGGGCACCGGUUUCUUCUGAACGGAGCGCAGCAUCUCUUUCUCAGCGGCACUUUUGCGCCAGACAAGUAGGGACGACACUCACUCUGCAACCGAGAAGAAGAAAUAAGUCUCCGGAAAUACUGAGGUGUUUCUGGCGUAAAAUCUCUCCCUCUUUUUCCUAACGAGUGGUUUUGCAAAGAUGAACAUUGGCUGUGUCAUCCUGGCGUGCACCUUACUUGUGGGCACAUCCUCGGGGAGUAAGGCAGGCCAGCCCCUCAAACCCCCAUGCAGACCAGGCUUCUCCCAGAACUUCUACACAGUGAUUGUCUCGAGAGACGUACUGCAUGGCCAGAAAAUCCUCAAAGAUACCACCCUCUCCAGUGAACGUGUAAAGUUUGAGGAUUGCCAGCACAGCAGAGAGGUGGGCUUUGUCAGCAGCGACCCCAAAUUCAGCGUGAGGCCCGAUGGGACGGUGUAUGCAGAGCAGGAGGUGGCCAAUUUGUCAGAGCCUGUCCAGUUCAUGGUGACAGCCCGAGGGCUCCAUGACCCCCACAUCUGGGAGACCACCGUUAAGCUGGCCUUGGCCAGGCACCCUCAUCCUUUACCACUGACAAAGGUUGGCAUUGAAGAAAUGCUGUCAAGAGUCUGGUACUCCCAACCCAGAGUUAUCAAGUUCCCUCGAAGGCAUCAAAGAGGCUCCUCUGCCAAUGGGCUGAGGCGACAGAAGAGAGACUGGGUCAUCCCGCCUAUCAAUGUGCCUGAAAACUCUCGAGGACCCUUCCCUCAUAUGCUUGUCAGAAUCCGCUCUGAUCAGGACAAGGAGGUUGGCAUCCGCUACAGCAUCACAGGAGCAGGCGCUGAUCAGCCCCCGAGUGGCAUCUACAACAUAGAUCCCAUCAGUGGCAACAUGUUCGUCACCCAGCCCCUGGACAGAGAAGAGAGAGCCUCCUUCCACCUGCGAGCCCAUGCUGUGGACAUGAAUGGGAACCAAGUGGAGAAUCCGAUCGAUCUGUACAUCUAUGUGAUUGACAUGAAUGACAACAGACCUGAGUUUCAGAACCAGGUGUAUAAUGGCUCUGUGGCUGAAGGAUCCAAACCAGGCUCAUCUGUGAUGCAGGUGACAGCCACCGACUCAGAUGACUCCACCACAGCAAACGGCAUGGUGCGCUACCGCAUCCUCUCCCAGACGCCCCACAGCCCCAUCCCCAACAUGUUCACCAUCAACAGCGAGACUGGAGACAUAGUCACAGUGGCAGCUGGCCUGGACAGAGAGAAAGUGUCUCAGUACACCAUCAUUGUCCAGGCCACCGACAUGGAAGGAAACUUGAACUUUGGCCUGUCCAACACAGCCACAGCUCUUAUCUCCAUUACUGACAUCAAUGACAAUCCCCCAGAACUGACAGUGAGGACGUUUUCUGGGGAGGUGCCAGAGAACAAGGUGAACGUGGUGGUGACGAACCUGACAGUGGUGGACAGAGAUCAGCCCCACACCCCCAACUGGAACGCUGUGUACCGCAUCGUCAGCGGAGACCCCUCUGGACACUUCACCAUCCGCACCAACCCCAUCACCAAUGAGGGGAUGCUGACAGUGGUCAAGCCAGUGGAUUUUGAGAUGAACCGUGCUUUCAUGCUGACCGUGGUGGUGUCAAACCAGGCCCACCUGGCCAGCGGCAUUCAGUCCUCGCUUCAGUCCACAGCGGGAGUAACCAUCUCUGUUCAGGAUGUCAAUGAGCCACCCGUCUUCCCUAUAAAUCCAAAAAUGAUCCGAUUUGAAGAGGGUGUGCCAGCAGGCACCACUCUUACAGUGUUUGCUGCUCAGGACCCUGACCACUUCAUCCACCAGACUGUCAGGUACUCCAAGCUUUCAGACCCAGCUAACUGGCUGAAGAUCAACAAGACCAAUGGGCAAAUCACCACUAUGGCCCUGCUGGACCGAGAGUCGAUGUAUGUCAAAGACAAUGUGUAUGAGGCCACAUUCCUGGCAUUCGACAAUGGUAAGUCUGGCUCGCCUCAAGCCAGCGGGACAGGAACCCUCCAGAUCUACCUGAUUGAUGUCAAUGACAACGCGCCAGUGUUGAUACCCCAGGAGGCUCAAGUGUGCGAGCACGCACGCCCCAACUCCAGGAUCAACAUCACAGCCUCGGAUGCUGAUGCCGACCCCAACGUAGGGCCCUUUGUCUUUGAGCUGCCUUCUUUUCCUGCCAGCGUUCGUCGUAACUGGACAAUUUCCAGACUGAGCGGUGACUAUGCUCAGCUCAGGUUAAGGAUUCCUUACCUGGAGGCGGGUGUGUACGAAAUCCCCGUCAUCGUGUCCGACUCAGGGAACCCUCCUCUGUCCAACCGCUCUGUGAUCAGAGUCAAAGUGUGUCCCUGUGAUGAUAACGGGGACUGCAGCGCCACAGGGGCUGUAGCAGCUGCCGGCCUCGGCACAGGGGCCAUCAUCGCUAUACUCAUCUGCAUCAUCAUACUGCUCAGCAUGGUUCUGCUGUUUGUGGUGUGGAUGAAGCGCAGAGAAAAGGAGCGGCAGGCGAAACCCCUGCUGAUUGACCCUGAGGACGAUGUCAGAGACAACAUCCUCAAGUACGAUGAAGAGGGAGGAGGAGAGGAGGACCAGGACUAUGACCUAAGCCAGCUGCAGCAGCCUGAGUCUCUGGACCAUAUCAUCAGUAAGCCAGCUGGGGUGCGCAGGGUGGAUGAGAGGCCUGUGAUCGCGGAGUCACAAUACCCCGUCAGACCCAGUCUGCCCCACCCUGGAGACAUAGGAGACUUCAUUAAUGAUGGUCUGAGGGCAGCAGACAACGACCCCACAGCUCCUCCUUACGACUCCCUGCUGGUGUUUGACUAUGAAGGCAGCGGUUCAACGGCUGGCUCCGUCAGCUCGCUCAACUCCACCAGUUCAGACGACCAGGACUAUGACUACCUCAAUGACUGGGGCCCUCGCUUCAAGAAGCUGGCCGACCUCUACGGAGGAGGGGACGAUGACUGAGAGCGGGGCUGGGGGGGUGGGGUGUGCGGGUUUGUGACGGGGUUCAGGAGAGGCGAGGUCGUUUGGAUGAAUGCUCUUGAAUACCACAGGCAGGGGCCAAGAACAUGACACUGGCUCCAUGGUAGACAUGUGAGGAGCAGACCCUUGCAUGGGCUGUGUUCGUUCACUCACAGCCCUCAACGGGCCCGCAAACUUGAAUUCCGCUGCAACGCAACUGUAUUCUGGCUUUAUAAUUUUUAGUGGCGAGUUUGUAGUGUGUUUUUUGUUUUUUUUUUGGUUCUCUCACCGUGCUGGACCCGGAGCUCUCUGGGGAUGAAUCAAGGCGGUUGUGAGAGACACAAGUAGUGGAUUUGUGCUUUGACUGAUUGUUAAAACAAAAACCAUCUCUUGCUUUAGUCUCACACUGAAGAGAAUGUUUUUUGGGAAGAUGCUCUCUCUUUCACUCUGUCAACUUGAAUUUCCUUAGAACAGAAGCACUGUCAUUUUUAAAGUGCCUUUUGUGGUGUGUUUUUCUAUCAGACUCCUGCUAUCUCAGGAUCGGUUGCCAAUUGUGCAGUACAGUGGAGGCUCGUUCUCUCGUCCCCUACCCCCCACACACUCUUCACACCAGCCCUGCCUGUCACUCUCAUCUUCCCUUCACAGCGGUGCAGAUGAACAACCCCAGCAGCCAGUCCCAGGAGGCAAGGACACAACCAGGGCACGCUAUCGGAUAUCACAACCCAGUGAGUUACGGCCUAAAGAAGCCUAUGAGUUGCUUUGGGUGAAGACAACCCUUCUUCUCCAAGGACCUGUUCAGUUUCAUUUUCACAAGUGUCACCUGUCGACACAACUUCAGCAACAUGCUGACAUUCUGUGAGACUGUUUUUAUACAUGUGGGGGGUUUCUAAUUUAGUGGAGAAUGCCUGCCUUUCCUCUCUGGACUCAUGAGUUUAGGAGCCUUUAUGUUGAGAUGCUUGCCUGCCCUGUAUGGUUGUUGUGUUGCUUUCUCCACAGUGUAAAGCUUGUGUAGGCAUGAUCUGAUUAGUCAGGCGGUGUAAGACAGUGGAUCUUGAAAUGACUUGGAGCAAAGGCAUUGAGAAGGAUUUUUUUGGUCGCCUUGAACAUUCCCGUUUUUUAUAGGCCCACAAAACUAUAAAAAGUUGCAUGUUUUUUUUUUCCAAAUGUUUUACUCAAAGCACUUGUUACUAUGUGGUGAGAAUGUGAAAAUAGUCAGCAGAAACUAUAUGAAUAUAUGCUGUAUAAAGACACUGAGAAAAUAAAAAUACUGUAAGAUACCUAUUUUUGAAGUAUUGAUGACAUAAAAUUUGCUGCUCUCUUUCUCUUGCUCUUCAUUGGGCACAGGGGAUUUUUGGCCCUUUCAUUUUUAAUAUGUGGAUAUUUUUGUUUCUGUCUUCUAUUGAAGCAUUAUUACACUUUUAAGAUGCCAGCUUAUACAUGUCUUAUUUCAGUUUUGCUCUUUUUUCAUUUCUAAAAAUGCUUGUUAUACUCAUUUUUUAUGUGUCACCACUGCCUUCCCCUCUCACUCUGUGGAUAAAUCCCAAUUCCCUUAAUUGCAUCCAUGUUUCCCUCGCUUGAAUCUUUUCUUUGUGUCUUAGUUCCUCUCACAUAAGAUGGAAGGAAAAGAUGCUUGGAGAGAGGAAUCGGGGAAACAUGUUUCAAAGACACGUGAAGUCCUCUCCUCUGAUCCUUCAGCUGAAGCAUCCGAUCACCAACUGAUUUCCAAUAAGGGCACAUUGGUCCACAAAAGAAUUCCAUGAAGGAUGUGUUCAUGUAUCUUCACUCACGGCUUCUCCAGCAGCCUCCUCACUCCUCAGAGCAAGAAUAAGAGCUUUGGUAAACCGGAACUACAUCUGGUCGAGCGAGGAACAAUCAAAUAAGGGAAUUGGGAUUUACCCAGCAUUGCCUCUGACAGACGUAUUCCUCUUGUGGGCCUUGUCCUCAAAACACUGGAAGGUUCAUUAGCCAUGCCUGCUGGUAGUUGUUCUAUUUUUUAGUGUACUGGAAUUAUUUUAUUCAUUCACUUACAGUAGAUACUAGAUGUGUGCUUUAAAAAAUAAACAAGACAUGUUUUAAAAUGUGCCAUCUUUUUCAGUAUGCAUCAUCUUCAGGUGUAGACUGAACUGUGUGACGUGGCCUGGUUGGUUCAGCGGUGGUUAUGUCAAAUAUAAUGUCACUCAAAGCUUUAAAUUACAAUGGGCCUCUUUUUAAAAUCAUUAUUUAUUGCAGCUUUGUCUCCAUUAGACUUAAAACCUCUGUAUGUUGGAUUUGGACACCCACACACAUGGAUUGAUCAGAUGAUAAAUGGGCUGAAGGCAACACAGAGAUUGGACCAUUUUUCACCAGGAUUGUCUCAUUUUUCUACAAACAAAUAUGGCAUCAGAAUAAUCUGAAAUACACUACAAUCUCAUAAAGAAAUUUAUAUAUUGUGGCUUUAAAGUUUCCACCUUUAUUUGUUCAUGAAAUGGUUUGUAUUUAAAUAUGUUCCUACAGUGGAAUAAUGUAUUUCUUCAUGUUAAAACAGGCCAUGGAGUCUCCUUUUGGAAUUACACAGUUAAUCUUUGACGCUGUUGUUUGGAUAUGGUUUCAUUUUCUAAUAAAACACCCGCUAUUGGUUUAUUUAUUGCAUCUCAGACAAAGGAGUGUUAGAGCAGUGUGUGGGGUCAGGAAGUAUAUUUGUGUCCGUUCCUGUGAUUUCAAUUAGUCAGCUGAAGCGCCAAAAAAGCCUCUGGGGACUUAAAGGGAUUUAAUCCUCCUCCGGCUGUGUGUCUAUCAAUUAGCCACACCAUUAAUCCCCACGGCGUAAUCUCAUUAGAUAGAGCGCCUUUAAUGAGACACCCAGAGAGAAAGCUGAGAGGCAGACAGUAAGAGAGAGGAAGAAAAAUGAGGUGGUGCUGAGAUGCAGGUAGGCCAUGUGGAGAGGUGAUUAGUAGGAUGGAAGAGAGGGUCAGCAAGAUUCAAGCACAGCAGGGACAAUGCAUAACAUUUAGAAAAUGGUUUGGUCGGCAGGGGGGUAAACAUGAGGAAGCAGAACAGACUGGUGCUUCAUCUUGUGUUGUUCACUAUGGCCAGAAAUUAGAGGAGUUGGCGAUGGAGAGAUAAGGACGACAGGUGGAGGUGAGCUUAUGGUGCAUACUGGGCAAGUUAAUGAGGUGCUUUGAUUCCCCCUGUUAAUCUCCACAGUAAUGAGAACACCCUGUAAUAAACCCAAGUUAACCUUUGCUGCAGGACAAUAACGAAUCCUUCUAUAGGUUUUGCAGAAUUGUGCAUGUUAUUAAGAGUCAUCAGAGGAGGGCUUCGCCGCUCUGAAAUAAUAAUCAACUUGGUAAAAAGUCAUCUUGGUCAUAGCCAGUCAGCAGAUAAGGAGAUUAACUCCAGUGAAGGUUUCUUUGAUGGGCUUAGCUGAAGUUCACUUGGUUUCCCUGUGGCAGACAGGCAGAGCGAAAGAAGAAAGCAAACUCAAAUAGCCCCCCUUUAAAAUGCCGUUUUUAGACUGAGAGCUUUGCUGCUGGCUCUCAGCCAGU